AUGAAAUCUGCGGGGACAGGUGAAACGGAGUUGUUCACAGACAGCUACUGUAACAUCUGCAAUGCACAGUUAAUCUCUGAGUCCCAGAGAGUAGCACAUUAUGAGAGUAAGAAACAUGCAAACAAGGUACGCCUAUACUACAUGCUUCACCCAGAGGAUGGAGGACCACCCUCCAAGAAGCUCCGUCCUGAUAACCCAGAAAGUGAUGAUGGAGAAGUGGAUAAGAACAAGUGCUGCACCCUCUGUAACAUGUUCUUCACCUCAGCAAUUGUAGCACAGUCCCAUUACCAAGGCAAAACGCAUGCCAAGAGAAUGAGGCUGGUGCUGGGAGAGCCACCGGUACCUCCCAGGACAACAGAACCUUCUCCAGCACACCAGUCUCCUCCUGACGUGCUGCAACCUGUAGCUCCCAUCUUCUCAGGACCCACCACAGAGAAGUUCUGCCAGCUGUGUAGUGCCUGGUUCAACAACCCGAUGAUGGCCCAGCAGCACUAUGAGGGCAAGAAACACAAGAAGAAUGCGGCCAGAGCCAAACUCUUGGAGCAGCUCGGAGGAAGUGCUGGAUGUCUUGAAACAACUUUGAAAAGCAGCUACACCUGCAACAUCUGUAAUGUGAUCCUGAACUCGGUGGAACAGUUUCACGCUCACCUACAGGGCUCCAAGCAUCAGAGCAAGUAA